CGAUUCCUUCACGAAAUGUUCUGACGUCCCCAUCGCGCCAUCUUCGUAAGCGGACGAGCAGUGGACGUUGAAUGAAAACCAGUGCCUUUUGAUAGAAACGCCCGCUGUAUGGAGUGAAAACAUUGCUUUUUCCAGGUUGGUUCUGCAGCGCCAGUCAUCAUGGGGAUCAAGGUUCAGCGUUCUCGGUGCUUCCUUGACAUCGGAAUUGGAAACGCACUAGUCGGUCGAAUCGUUGUGGAGUUGUUUACAGACAUCUGUCCCAAAACAUGUGAAAACUUCCGAUGCCUUUGCACUGGUGAGAAAGGUGUUGGUAAAGGAACCCAGAAACCUCUCCAUUACAAAGGAUGCCUGUUCCAUCGCAUUGUGAAAGACUUCAUGAUUCAAGGAGGGGACUUCAGUGAAGGCAAUGGAAGAGGAGGUGAAUCCAUCUAUGGAGGCUUUUUUGAAGAUGAAAGCUUUGGUGUGAAACAUAACAAGGAGUACUUGCUGUCUAUGGCCAAUAGAGGAAAAGAUACAAAUGGAUCACAGUUUUUCAUAACAACAAAACCAACUCCCCAUUUGGAUGGGGUCCAUGUGGUUUUUGGUCAUGUGAUUUCUGGACAAGAGGUCGUACAAACUAUGGAAAGUGAGAAAACGGAUCCUAACAGCAGACCAUAUGCUGAAAUCAAGGUCUUGAAUUGUGGCGAACUCGUCCCCAAAUCAAAAGCAAAGAAACGUGACAAGAAGAAAGAGCGAGCCUCGUCAAGUUCCAGCAGUAGUUCCAGUGACUCUGACAGUGCUUCGGAAUCCUCCUCUGACUCUGAAGAAUCUGACAAAAAGUCAAAGAAGCAGAAAAAGAAAGCCAAAAAGCAAAAGAAGAAACAGAAGAGGGACAAGAAGAAUUCCGAGUCUGAAAUUGUCGAAGAGAAAGAACAAGAAGAGGUGGUCAUGUCCACCGUGCGUCCUGAAGAAAUACCUCCCAUCCCUGAGAACCGGUUCCUGAUGAGAAUCUCACCAGUUGAGAAAAAAAAAGAGGAGCCUGAGAAGGACAAGGAAAGUAAAGACGAACGGCCUAGAGACAGAUCUGGUGCAAAAAACAAUUCUCAGUCUUCGUAUAACAGAAGAUUGGUAAUGACACGAUCCGGCAGGAAGAUCAAAGGCAGGGGCCCCAGGAGAUACAGAACUCCUUCACGUUCUCGUUCAAGAUCCAGAGAUCGCUUUCGCCGUAGCGAAACUCCUCCCCACUGGCGUCUGGAGUUGCAGCGUCAGAGAAUGAGGGCAGUCACUGUGGAGCGUUGGAUUAAGGGAGAUAGAGGUGACAUGAGUGAAGACAAGGAGGAGGCUGCUAAACCUCAAAGGAGAGAGCGACGGACAUCCAGUUCAAAGCGUGAGCACGCGGAUGAGGGUAAAAAAGACAAGAAGACUCGAUCGCAGAGAUCAAAAAGCAAGGAAGACUCAGGGGAGAAAGGUGAGAAGCAAAGCACACAGAAGGAAAAGAAAAGGGCCAAAUCUAAAAGCCGCAGUAAAAGUAGAGAAAAAAGUCGACGGUCAAAAAGCAGAGAUAAGAGGAGGCGAUCCAAAAGCAAAGAGAAGAAUCACAAGAAUAGAAGUAGUGACAAGAAAGAUCGCUCAAGGAGCAGAGACCGCAAUGUGAACAAGAAAGAGAAGGAAAAUGAUCACGACCGAGAGAAAAACAAGGAACAAGAUUCUGACAACAAGAAGAAAGAGGAUUCCAAAACGAGCAAUGGCGAGAAAACACAGACAAAGUCGCAAAGCAAAGACAGAAGUUCCAAGGACCGACACAGAUCAAGCAGCAGAAACCGAGACAAAGGCGGACAUGCCACCUCCAAGGAUAAAGAGGAGAAACGGGAUAAAGACAGAGAGAGGGGCAGGGAACGCAGCAGGAGUGCACACAGGCGACACGGCGACGAAAAGGACGACAGAAGACGGAGAACGCGUAGUCGGGAGCGCAGGAAAAGUCCAGGCAGAAGCAAGGCCAGAGAUUCGUACAGAAGCAGACGCUCGAGAAGCAAGAGCAGCCGGAGAGGGCGCAGCAGAGAUCGCAAGGACAGCCAGAGGAGACGACGACGCAGCAGUAGCAGCAGCAGCAGCAGCAGUAGCUCUGACAGCGAUAGAGAAGACCGACGCAAACGUCGCAAAAGCCCCGAUUCCAAACGGAGAAGAUCUAAAAGCACCUCCAAAGACAGGAAAAGAGCAGACACUACAAAAGGCAAAAGUGACAAGAAGAAGAAUCGCUCAAGCUCCAGUUCGAGCUCUGAUCGCAACUGAAUCUGUCCCGAAAAUAGCUCGGCAUUUUUCUCCUGUAUAUUCUGCUCAGUACGCAUCCAGCACGCAGCUCCGUCUUUCAACAAAGAGCCCCACAUCUUGAUAUUCCUCACUCAGUGCAACAAAGCCACAGUUUGUCCAUAAUGCCACCUUUCAUUCCCUAAGAGUAAACAAGAGGCUUCACUAGACAACUGCAAUGCUGGAAGAGGGAGCGAUUAAGCUGAACCAAUAAAAAAAAAAACAGCAACAACAAAGGAGCACUGCGUCUUGUGAGUCAAGGACUUGGUUUUAGCACUGAGCAAGGGCAGUUUUUAUGUAGCCGACUGCUGAAGCUGAAGACUAAAAACCAGCGCCCCCGUAUGUCAAAAUCUGUGACCCUAGUUUGAUUAUUUGGUACAGCCAAUUAAAGAUUUUACUGUAAGACACUUCUUUUUCUACUGAAUUUUGGUUUGUUAUUUAACAUCAUUUUUCAGGUGGCAAAUCUGAUUAAAAAAUGUAUCAUAUUUUUUGCAUGGCUAUUUCAGAUCUAGAGGUCUUCACCUGUGAAGUUUUAAAUGACUUCUCCUAGUCUCUGUAUUCUUGUCAACUUAUUUGCUUUUUGAAAUGGAGGAAACUGUAAUGUCAACGUAAAGUCAACUUGUAUGAAAUGUUCAUUGUGCAAGUUGGUUUUAAGGUUUCCCCUCUGUGUAGAAUGGAAUUAAAAUACAGCAUUUUGAUUUUAAAAUACUGCUUCAAUGUUCUGCUGCCAUUAUUAGCACUCGCAAGUACAGAGCCGUGUCACGAAUAGUAACAAUCUGCCAAUAAUAGAUGUCCUCCAUAAGGAUUAUAAUUGUGUAUUUGAUGCCACAUGAUGUUGCCAAAAUACUACUUUUCUAUUUGAAUUAAGAAAAAAAAAAUUGCUAAUAUGUGGGGACCACGGUAUCACCUGAAAGUUCCUGUAAAGUGAAAAUAACUGCCUAGAUUCUAAAUUUGACACACCACAAAAGCAAAUAAGGGGUUCUGUUUUGGAUCAGUGUCCUGUUGCAAAACCAAUCUUCUUUUGAGCAUCAACUGUUGUACAAACACCAAGUUCUUUUGCAAAAUAUCUUGAUAAAGUUGUGAAUUCA